AUGCGACUUGCAGAUACAGAGCUCGCUUUAUAUGAAGCGCUUGCAACUUUACGCACAAUGAGCGCUUCAUCACUCGUUCGAGCUUCACGGAAGGCAGACCUAUCACGGAAACAGAAGGCUGCACGGAUGGAAGAAUGGGCACAACUUCCUUUGCGCGAGCCAUCGGAUUUGGAGCGCUGGUUGGACUCAAAGAGGGACAACUUCACCAUAAUGAACGACGUUGGUGAUGCACGGCAAACAAUGCCUCUUGAUGCAAUUCUGUCCUCAGAUAGCGCAACACGGCGUCAGAAUUCUCAGCCUUCCAAUACGUCUGGAAUGUUGAUCGGAACGAAUUCACCGGACGGAGCCCGAUCGGGACAAGUGGUAACAUUGUCGAGCACACCAAAUAAUCCUCAGAUGAGUGUAGACCAGGCUACUUCGCCCUCAACUCCUGGUAGGAACCCCUGGCGCGAGACAUCGAGACACGGUCUGCCAGAACAGAUUCCGGGGUCUUCGGGUGAAGUGAUGAUGCUAGAGGAUAACCGAAUGGGCAAGGCAGGACAAUUAUCAAAAUGGCACCCGGCCAUAUACUUCUAG